AUGGCCUCGUCAAGCAACGUUCCCGCCUACAAGACCGCCUUCCUGGAGGCUUGCACCUCCGCCGAUGCCCUCAAGUUCGGCACCUUCACUUUGAAGUCCAAGCGCAUCUCGCCCUACUUCUUCAACGCCGGCCUAUUCCACCGUGCAGACCUAACUCGCGCCAUUUCCUGGGCAUUCGCGAACACCGUCGCCGCCUAUUCCGCCGAGAACCCAUCGUUCCAAUUCGAUGUUCUGUUCGGCCCUGCCUACAAGGGCAUCCCUCUCGCUGCUACCACCGUGGACAAGCUUGCCGAAUUGGACCUGAACAAGUUUGGCAACAUCAGCUACAGCUUCAACAGGAAGGAGGCCAAAGACCACGGCGAGGGCGGCAACAUUGUCGGUGCUCAAUUGAAGGGAAAGAAGGUUGUCAUCGUCGACGAUGUCAUCACUGCCGGCACUGCUAUCCGCGAGGCCAUCGAUAUCAUCAAGAAGGAGGGCGGCGAGCUCGUUGGCAUUGUAGUUGCCGUUGACAGGCAGGAGAAGACCCCCAGUGAGAACGAUGACGAUGGCAAGCCCAGGCCCAGCGCCAUUGGUGAGGUCAGGAAGCAAUACGGCAUUCCAGUCUUGUCCAUCCUGUGCCUUGACGACAUCAUCGACUACCUGAAGAGCAGAGGUACCGAGGAGGAGAUCAAGAGGGUUAUGGAAUAUAGAGAAAAGUAUAGGGCAAGCGAUUAA